AUGCAAUCCAUUCACGCUGUAUUGCUCGUUUUUUCUAUAUUGACAAUCACCAAAGUCAUAGCUCAAGAUGUCCAGUAUGCUGUUGUGGCAUUUCUACCUCCAGGAGCACAAUCAAUAGGCGUAUCUAUCGAUGGCGGAAAUCCUCAUCCUUUGAGUGCUAGUCAAGAAACCCCACAGCUGUAUACAGGAACAGCGCCAUCGCCUAGUCAGCAUUACCAGUAUACCAUCCUCAAUGACCAAGGCCAAGCAAUUGCUACUGAAGCAAAUCAACGUGCGUGGAUCAACGGUGCCACUUCAACCGGCAAUGAAUUCUUUAAUCGAUCAAGGACCACAUACGAGGUACCAUCCUUGCCACAAGCCUACCAUCCUAUUUACCCUCCUACUUUCACCAACAUGAACCAAUCCAACGAAAUUGCAACGGUAUUGCUUGAAGCGAAUGCAACAGCAGUGCAAGAAAUCCUUGGUGAUCCCAAAGGUGACCAUGAAUACGCUCGCGUAGAUCGAAUGACCUAUAUAAGCAACAAGGAAAUCUUCACUUUUACCGGUGCUGGUUUUCGCAAUAGCGGUCAAUCAAGCAAAGAGUUUACUCGCCAAUCAUUCAAAGUCAAGUUGAAUGAGUACAAGGCUCAAGGUGAAGAAAACCAAUUGCUGUAUGGGAGAACGACCAUCAAGCUUCGAAGCGAGCCUGCAGAUCCCACUAUGAUGCGAGAAAAACUUGCUUUGGAUAUGCUUGGUGCUGCAGGUGCUGUCACUUUGAACUCACAGUGGAUACGAUUAUUUGUCAAUGGUCAGCCAUUUGGUUUGUUUCUAAUGACCGAUGAAGCAACAACCCAUUUUAUCGAAAAUGCCAUUUACGCUGGUGAUCACGAUCGCACCAACACAGGGCCAACCUACAAGAUGAAUUCUUUGAAUGCUACUCAACAAGGCAACCUUGUCUAUCAAGGCGAUGAUGUAAUGCUAUAUCCAGAAUCACUUUACGAGCUUGAAGACGAGGGUAGCCAUGAUUUCCCCAACAAAAGCGACGAGCUUGUACCCCUUGUUCAAUUGAUGCGGCAGCUAAACGACACCAAUACCGAUAUACAAUCACUGGUUGAUGUCACACACACCAUGUUGCACUUGGCAAUCAACAUGCUGACAGGGGCUUGGGAUGGCAUGUGGCAUCAAGCAAGCAAUUACUUUAUGCAUAAACAAGAAGAGAACCGCUGGAUCGCUAUUAGCUAUGAUUAUGACGAGGUGAUGGGGUUGUCGUCACCUGAAUAUCAUUACAUGAUGACAACGCCAUGGCAAAAUUUCACUCCUUCUGGUCGACCACGCCCCCUGAUUGAACCUAUCCUUGAAGAUGAGCAGGCCUUCAACAAUGUAUUGACCACGCUGGUAAAGCGCUUUUUCAAACCAAGCACGCUCAAUCCACGUAUUGAUGCGUGGCGUGACAUGCUCAAAGAAGAUAUGGCUUGGAAUUUGGCAUUGCCUCACCACACAGCGAAUGCUACUAUCAACACGACAUGGACUCUAUGGAAUUACGAAAACAAUGUCGAUCAUCAGGAUGGCCAAGUGCUAGGUCUUAAGCAAUGGGUACAAGAAAGAUCAUCAGCGAUCUGCCAGCAGCUUAGUAUCACUGACGAAGAUGAUCUGCCGCCCUUGGGUCCAUAUCAACAACCCGAACAACCACAACAGCAAGGAUCAGCAUCACAAUCAUUACCAGUGCCAUUUGGUUUCCUUCAUGUGCUUUUAGCAGUGCUUGUUUUAUUACUUGUAUAA